CGUGGCGUAACGACGUCACACGCUGUCCCGGAAGUCGGCGCGGACCCGGGUGGCGGGUGGAAGCCGGUGCCGGAUUGGGAGUCGCAGCGCAGCCACCGCCGCCGCCUGGGCUGGAGUCGCCGGCCCGCCCGUUCGUCCGCCAUGGGCGCCGGACCCUGAGCGCCCGCCCGCCCGCCGCAUCUCCGCAGCGACCCUGCCGGCCACGAUGGAGGCGCCACCCGCCGACCGCGUUCCCGCCGAGGGUACCCCGCCGGCGGCCGUGGCGGAGGUGCGCUGCCCGGGCCCCGGGCCGCUGCGCCUGCUCGAGUGGAGGGUGGCGUCGGGCACGACUGUGCGCAUCGGCUCGGUGCUGGCCGUGUGCGAGGCCGCCUCCUCCGCGCCGCCCGCCGGGCCCGCCCCUGCCCGCGCGGGCUCCGGGAGCUGCGUGCGCGCCGAGCGCAGGCUGAGGUCGGAGCGCGCCGGAGUGGUGCGGGAGCUGUGUGCGCAGCCGGGCCAGGUGGUCGCUCCCGGCGCGGUCCUGGUGCGAGUGGAAGGAUGCAGCCACCCAGUCGUCAUGAAGGGCUUGUGCGCCGAGUGUGGCCAAGACCUGACUCAGCUGCAGAGCAAGAACGGCAGGCAGCAUGUGCCGCUGUCCACGGCCACCGUGUCCAUGGUGCACAGCGUCCCGGAGCUGAUGGUGAGCUCCGAGCAAGCGGAGCAGCUGGGCAGGGAGGACCAGCAGCGCCUGCACCGGAACAGGAAGCUGGUGCUCAUGGUCGACCUGGACCAGACCCUGAUCCACACCACCGAGCAGCACUGCCAGCAGAUGUCCAACAAGGGCAUCCUGCACUUCCAGCUGGGCCGGGGCGAGCCCAUGCUGCACACCCGCCUGCGCCCGCACUGCCGGGAGUUCCUGGAGAAGGUCGCCCGGCUGUACGAGCUGCACGUCUUCACCUUCGGCAGCCGGCUGUACGCGCACACCAUCGCAGGUUUCCUGGACCCCGAGAAGAAGCUCUUCUCCCACCGGAUCCUGUCGAGGGACGAGUGCAUCGACCCGUUCUCCAAGACCGGGAACCUCAGAAACCUCUUCCCCUGCGGAGACUCGAUGGUGUGCAUCAUCGACGACCGGGAGGACGUCUGGAAGUUCGCCCCCAACCUGAUCACCGUGAAGAAGUACGUCUACUUCCAGGGCACGGGCGACAUCCACGCCCCACCCGGGUCCCGGGAGCCUCCGGCGAGGAAGAAAGUGAGCCACCCUCCCAAGGGGGCCGACGCCGCAGAACGCACUCCGCCCGUCAAGGACGCCGAGGACGGGAGGCCAGCUGCGGGGCUGGAGCAGAGCAACGGCCUUGGGAAGCCCUCACGGGAGCUCAACGGGGACGUGGCCUUGCCCGGCCCCGCGGAGGAGAGGGGCCCCCGGCCUGCCACCCGCACCCCCCCGGCCGACGACCGGGGGCCCCCAGCGUGUGCUCAGCAGCAGGGUCGGACCUCGGCGGAGAGGCGGCCCGCCCAGGGCGCGGCGGGCAGCGACCUGGACUUCGACCUGUCCAGCGACAGCGAGGGCAGCGGCGAGUCCGAGGGCCCGUCCUCAGCCGCCUCUGACGGUGAAAGCGGGGAGAAGGGCAGCCAGAGGCGGCCAGAGCCCGCACGGGACGCCGGGCGGGGCGGGCAGCAGGGCGGGCCCGCUGGCCCCGGAGGGGAGCGGCCCGCGGGGGCAAACCACUGUGGGGAGCCCGCGCCCGGCGUGCACCCGGACCUGCAGGAGGAGGGCGAGCGGGACAGCCUCUGCGGGCUGGCGGGCGGCGCGGCGGACCGGAAGGAGGCGGAGACGGAGUCCCAGAACAGCGAGCAGUCCGGCAUCACGGUGGGCGAGUCCCUGGACCAGAGCGUGGAGGAGGAGGAGGAGGACGAGGACGAGGACGAGGACGACCACCUGGUGCACCUGGAGGAGAUCCUCGCCCGCGUGCACUCCGACUACUACGCCCGGUACGACCGCUACCUGCGCGGGGAGACGCCGGAGGCCCCCGACAUCCGGAAGAUCGUCCCCGAGCUCAAGAGCCGUGUGCUGGCGGACGUGGCCAUCAUAUUCAGCGGGCUGCACCCCACCAACUUCCCGGUGGAGAAGACGCGGGAGCACUACCACGCCACGGCCCUCGGGGCCAGGAUCCUCACCCAGCUGGUGCUGGACCCCGACGCCCCAGACAGGGCCACCCACCUGAUUGCUGCCCGGGCCGGCACGGAGAAGGUGCGGCAGGCCCAGGCCUGCGGGCGGCUGCACGUGGUGAACCCCGACUGGCUGUGGAGCUGCCUGGAGCGCUGGGACAAGGUGGAGGAGCAGCUCUUCCCGCUGAGCGAGGAUUACGGCAGGGCGCCCAGGGAGGAUGGCCCCGCGGCCUUCCCGGACCGGCAGGGCGUGCUCCCGGCUGCCCUGUUCCACCCGACGCCCGUGCACCCCAGGGCCCAGCCCGGCCCCGACGUGCGCAUCUACGACGCCAGCACGGGCAAGCUCAUCCGGAAGGGCGCGGCCGGGCCCGGGCCCCCCGGCUCCCUGCAGGUCCACGCGGAGCACUCCUCCUUCCGAGCUGUCCAGCCGCACCAGCAGCAGAUGUUUGGGGAGGAGCCGCCAGGCGCUCCCGACGCCGCGCGGCCGGGCCCUUGUCGGAGGCAGCGGCAGCCCAGCAUGUCCGAGACGAUGCCGCUGUACACGCUGUGCAAGGAGGACUUGGAGAGCAUGGACAAAGAGGUGGACGACAUCCUGGGGGAAGGCAGCGACGACAGCGACAGCGAGAAGAAGAAGCCGGAGGAGGAGCAGCAGGAGCAGGAGGGCGGGGCUGCGCCCGGGGAGCCCGCGGCCCCGGCGGCCCCGAGGCGGCCCACGCUGGCGCCCAGGCCGCCCAGCGAGAGGAGCGGGGCCGACGGCCGGGGGCCCAGGGGCCACAAGCGGAAGCUGAGCGAGGAGGACGCGGCCAGCGAGUCCAGCAGGGCGUCCAGCGGCGAGGACGAGGAGGGCAGCAGCUCGGAGGCGGACGAGAUGGCCGCGGCGCUGGAGGCGGAGCUCGACCUCGUGUGACCCCCGAGGCCUGGCGCGGACCCACCUCGCCUUCCCGUGCCGGCCCUCUCGUGGGGUCUCCUCCUCCCCGGAAAGACGUGUCUGUUUUGCAGAGCUCCACGCACAGAAACACAGUAUUUUGCAGAAGUUAGGGUGUUCUGAGAAGUUUUACUACCAGGAAGCGUGGGCCAUGCCAAAGACCUCAUCGUGGAGCCCGGCUGCGCGGAACCGGGAGGCGCUGGGGGUGCUCUCCCGCGAGUGCCGCGAGCGCCACGGCUGACGGUUCCGGCUGUGGGCGGGGCCUGGCGGGACCCGGAGGCGCGACAGGAACCCACGGCCUGUACUCCGUCGUCCCUCGGAAGCUCCUGGGUGUGCAGGGGUUUCUGAGAGGCUGGCGUCCACCAGUGGCCAGGCCUGGGGGCCCCACGGCCCCUACCACCCUCAGGGCUCGUUUCUGCGUGGUGCCUGGCCCCUGGCACUGGGCCCGGCCCGGCCAUCCGCUCCCGCGCCCCAGACCCGGCGUGAAGUUUUGUACAUUUGCUACCCGACGCCCCGCACGGUGGCUCCUCCGUUUAAUAAAGUCCUUUUUGUACGCUC